AUGGAGGUAGAGGCUAAUAACAAGAGCUCAAUCAAUUUGCUUGAGCCGUGGCGUUGCCAUACAACGGGCGGUUGUCACGAUGAUCUCGCUAUAUCCCCGCUCGACCUUGGCUCGGAUGAUUUGAACCAGGUACCACGAUGUCCUGGACCGGAUCCCUUGUUUGAGGCAUUGAUGGGGCACUCGAGGUGCAUAACUGUUAAAAGGUCAGAAAACAACGAGAACACGCAGCAGAGAACGGCCGGGGUGAAGGUUUGGUCAUCACAACUGAGACCUGAAGCCUCAUCACGCUUCUCUUUCCCAUCGUUGGACGAAGCCAAGAAGAAGUCCAGUCCACUGGCUCUCGAGUUUCAACAGAAACCAUGCCCUCCCCAAGGGGUCAAACGACGACGCUGUAUUUCCGACGUCGAGGGCUUCAACACGGGCGAUCUAAGUGUCAAGAAACGCCGACUCCGAGCCGACCUCAUCACAAGCCGUCUUUCACAACCCUACUCACAGCCUGCAACACAUAUUUUAAACAGGGAGGGCCAGGAGGCUGGUGACAAACGGUUCUUGAAGAUGGCUACGUCUGUGGACAUGACUCGAAGGAUUGCACACCUUCAUGCAACAUCCUUUCUGCGGUUCUCAAUAAUGAAUUGUAUAAGAAAGAGACUGGGUCAGGGACAGCCUGCACGGAAUCAUGAACAGGAAGUCGCGGCUAUCACAUCGAAAGCUGCCAGCAAGCCCAAUUGGAAGCCUCCGAUGCUGCAAGAUUCGGCAACGAGCCGAUCCCUUAGAAUCUCGCCAACAGGUACUGGGCUGGCUGGGCCUCAAGGCGUCAUCUCAUCAACGAAACCACAACUAAACCAACAAGCUCACAAGUCAUUCCAACACUCCAAGCCUACAUCGUGCCGGUUAUCCAAACCAGCAGCACUUCCUCUCCCUGUUGGCGAUGUAGCCGCAACGAAGAAGCGCACAUCUCCGCGACUCUUUCCCAUACGAUCCCCAGAGCUACGCCCAACAAUAUCACUACCUCCCCUAGAUGAUCUAGAAGAGGAUAGUUUCGCAUACAUGCACCCAGCAGACGACGAUUGGAACGACAUCGGCGACGAUCAGGAUAGUGUAUACUCCGACUUCAGCGUUGUAUUUGGGCAGAAUGGCGAAAGCACCAACGAGGAGGACGAUAGAUCGUAUGAGGAAUAUCUGGAUGAACUUGACGGUAUAUGUUGGAUGUCAAGAUAG